GAUGGCGCAGUUCUGGCGGAUUAUCACUCGGUUUAUCGAACAGCGGGUCCUCUGGAUCUCUUCAUCAAAACCAGGACACCAUGCUGAGCACUACACGCGGAGACUCUCUGUUCUUUCCGCACUGUGCUUCUCCAAGCACCAAUCCAUUAAGGCUACCUUUAGACGUCCAUCCCUACACGAAGGAACCGCUCAUCACUCAAGCGUGACGUUGUACAAGCACUUGUUACACUUACAAGGGUGAAUGGCUCCGGUAUUUGGUAACCUGAAUUUGAUCAUAAGGGAAAACAAGAAGAGAACCCUUAUGAUCAAACUCAGGUUACCAAACACCAGUACCAUACAAAGGGAAAACUACAUAGAACUCAUGGGACUAGCGCUAAAUACGAUCUCGAAAUACAACUGCCUCGAAUCCGAACUGGGAAUUGAGGGGAGUAUGUCGAUGGGCCGCUCUGCAGCUUUCUCGCCGAGUAAACAACGCAUGGUGGAAGCAGCGCAAAAGGGAAUUCCCGUCAAUGCACAACCGCAAUUAAGAUAGAUGAUUAUAGAUACUUACAUCCACUCCUCUUCUAAAGUGGCUCAUUGAUCUGCAUCCACUCCUCUUCUAAAGUUACUCUUAACCAGGAAAAUAAAGCAAACGCUCCAGAGCCACGCAACAUGGCUUGCUGGCGGUGGCGUCCGCAUGGCUCCCCUCAACCUCAAUGGUGCCGAUGACGCUUUACUCAUAUCUGAUGGCGCAUCCAAAAACGGAGUAGAUGGCAAAAACUCCUAUCCCACACUUCUCCGCACUACCUCUUCGCCUCGCAGAAAAAGGAGACAGGAGAAGGACGAAAGCUUGCCACCUAUGGUAUUGAACCGUUUGUCGCCGUUGCCGUGGAAGCUGAAGCAUGCUCACGAUUUCACCGAGAAAAACCGGUCUCAGGAAAGUUUGCACGAUCACAAACCAGAUGCUAAAUUGCGACGCAUCAAAACACACAGCGCUUUUUAA